CUUUUACAAUCAAUAUGUUUGCUUGUUACUUACUUUUUAAAGUUCAUUGUAUGUAGACUGUUCAUAAUUGUGUCUUAAAUUAUUGUGUUUGUUCUUAAAUUACUUGUAACAUUUAUUUUUAAAAGUCAUCCAAAAUGGCAGCAAGUUCCUGCCCAAACAUCGUUGAUGAAUUUGCUAAAAUCAGUGCCUCUCUCGAGGAGGAAUUUGACGAAUCCAAAGGACACCAGUUGGCCCUUCGUGAUUGGUCACUUUUAUCAAACUGGAUUAUGCAGUUUAUCGAAGAAGCCAAAGAUGUCCCCGAUCUGGUAGACGAAAUUUGUGACGCACCAACACUAGCUGAUCGCAUAACUUUAAUUGUUAGCGUUGAUAGUUUACGAACAGGGAUGGAAACAGCCUCUGAAGAAAUGAUCAAUGUUUGUGAAAGGAAAGAGCAUAAAAACGUUGAAACAUCUCACAUUCUCCUCAGCCUUGGCCUCAGAUUUUUAAAAUUGAAAAAUUUCGAAAAAGCUUUAGAGACAUUUAACAGGAGCUUACAAAUUUGCCCUCACCCUCAAGAUAUGGAUAUAACUAGAUCCAUGAAAUAUAGAAAUAUGUUUUCAAUGAUUUUAGCCAAUCGAUGUCGAAUCUUUAACAUGCAGAAUAGAUAUGAACAAAGCUUGGCUGACCUGGACUUGGCCAUUAAAUAUGCCGUUGAUCCUGCAUUUGUUCGAUCGUUGUUUGAUGCCAGAGAGCUGCUGGUCGAUGAAAUACGUGAAAAUGUAUUUGACAGUAGUGUUUAUGAACCUGCACAGGAUGGACUAGAAAAUGUUUUUAACAAUCCUAAUAUCCAUGGGGCUGUGGCAUCAUUGAAAAUGGCCUACAAACCCAGGCUAGGACGUCAUAUAGUGGCCACAGCUCCUAUUCCUAAAAAUAUAUCUGUAAUUUCCGAGAAAGCCUAUGCUUAUUGGUUGGCUCCAUCCUACUAUGACAUUUACUGUGCUCAUUGUAUGCAAUCCUUAAAUGAUCAGCCUUUCCCGUGCAGAUAUUGUAAAUAUUUUAGAUUUUGUAAUGAAGAAUGUUAUGAAGAAGCUUGGAAAGAGUAUCAUGGAAUUGAAUGUAAAUAUAUGCCCGUUUUAAGAUAUUUUGCCAAUGCUCAUCUUGCACUCAGAAUCGUUCUUAUGAAUGGAAUAGAAGAAUCUAUCGAGGCUUAUUAUGAGGUUAUGUCGAAGCAGAAAUUUCCCGUUGAAGCUCGCAUGGUUUACCGUAAAAGACUGAAGGACAUAUUGACACUUAUAUCUCAUGACCAUCUAAUCGACAAAUUUAUGACAACUGGUACAUUUACAGCUGCUUUUUUAACCAUUUUCGUUCGUUCACUUGGACUCAUAGAUGAGGAGCUAAUAGAUGAUUUUGGAGGUUUAAUGCUUAAAUUGUUAGCAAUCAUCAGAGUCAACUCAUUAUUGAUAUCAGACAAUACAAAGAGAGAUGAGGAAAACGAUGACUUUGUAAGUCCUAAAAAUAGCAGGGCAGAGAUUGGAGCUGGUUUGUUUGGGGCAUCUUCAUUUAUAAAUCAUUCAUGUGAUCACAAUUGUAACAGAACAUUCAUUGGUAAUCGGAUGGUCAUUUCCACAAACAGAGACGUUGAAGUCGGCGAUGAAAUCACCAUCACUUAUGGACCAGGCAAGGACCGUUUGGGUUACAGAGAAAGACAAGCAAUGAUAAUGGAUCGCUACUUCUUCAAGUGUGCCUGCCGUGCAUGUGUUGCUCGCAUGUGAAUUUAAAUUUAAUCUUAAGCAAUUCUUUGCUAAUCUAUUCACUUAAUUUUUUUAUUUAUUCAGAACUUGUGACAAAUUUUGUAAGCAAUUUUGCGAAAAUUUUUCUUAAAAUCAAAAAAAAAACAUUUGACGAUUUGAAUUA